UACGCAAUUCGUCCGAUAGUUUGUCCGCGAGCGUCGCCCUCAUCGUGUUCGAAGAUUUCGUUGAAAAUAAAGGUUAAGUGCUAAGUAAAUUCUUAAUAAAACAUGGCGUUUAGCUGUACAAAAAUUAUUUGCGAUUCUGGUUUUCGACACACAAUAAAGCAACUAUUUCUAGUUGAACAUCUUGUUAAACAGCAAUUUUAUGGACAAUUACGAGCAGGGACUUAUUUUCCGGGUGUAAUAACACAAAAAUUUUAUAGCACGAAAAAGAUAUUUAACAGAGAUAAACCGCACUGUAAUGUCGGUACUAUCGGGCAUGUGGAUCAUGGAAAAACGACACUUACAGCAGCUAUUACCAAAGUUCUUGCCAAAAAAGAGUUGGCAGAAGCGAAAGAAUAUUCCGAUAUCGAUAAUGCACCUGAAGAAAAAGAGCGUGGUAUAACUAUCAAUGUCGCUCACGUUGAAUAUCAGACGGAUAAUCGCCAUUACGGCCAUACCGAUUGUCCUGGACACGCGGAUUAUAUUAAAAACAUGAUUACUGGUACGGCACAAAUGGAUGGGGCUAUUCUCGUUGUUGCCGCUACUGAUGGUACUAUGCCACAAACGAGAGAACAUCUUUUGCUUGCCAAGCAGAUUGGUAUCGAACAUAUUGUUGUAUUUAUUAAUAAGGUUGAUGUCGCGGAUGAAGAAAUGGUGGAUUUAGUAGAGAUGGAAUUAAGGGAGCUAUUAAAUGAUAUGGGUUAUGAUGGAGAUAAUAUACCCUUUAUUAAAGGAAGUGCUCUUUGUGCGUUAGAUGAUUCUAAUCCAAAAAUAGGAUAUGAUUCUAUAUUAAAGUUGUUAGAAGCUGUGGAUAACUAUAUUCCUACUCCUCUCAGAGAGUUGGACAAACCCUUUUUGUUACCGAUAGAAAAUGUUUACACGGUUUCGGGCAGAGGAACGGUAGUCACAGGUAGAUUGGAACGUGGAAAAAUAAAAAAGGGUAUGGAAUGUGAAUUGAUCGGAUUUAAUAAAACAAUAAAGAGCACGAUAACGGGAAUAGAAAUGUUUCAUCAAACGUUGGAAGAGGCUGAAGCGGGAGAUCAAAUGGGUGCUUUGCUUAGAGGUUUGAAAAGAGACGAUGUUAGAAGAGGUAUGGUAUUGUGUAAACCAGGCAGUAUGAAAGCUAAUGAUCACUUGGAAUGUCAAGUAUAUAUGUUGACUAAUGCGGAAGGAGGUAGAAAAAAACCUAUCAAUAAUCUUAUACAAGUUCAAAUGUUUUGCAAAACAUGGGAUUGUGCAAGUCAAUUAAAUUUGGUGGAUAAGAGUUUGGUCAUGCCUGGUGAAGAUUUUACCAUUACGUUAAAAUUAAUAAGACCAAUGGUGUGUGAAAAAGGACAACGAUUUACUUUAAGAGAUGGAAAGAUAACUUUAGCAACUGGAGUAAUUACGAAUAUUUUACCAAAUUUGAACGAAAUUGAACGACUAGAGAUUCUCGAAGGUAAAAAGAAAAUAAUGAAAAAAGAAAUGGCGAAAGCUUAAUUUAACUUAUUAACUCGAUAAAUGCAUUUAUUCCAUAUAUAAUAAAUAAAUGAAAGAAAUCAAGUAGAACUAGAUAUAUUAGACUAUUAAUGCGUGUGCAUACUCUUAUAUUAUCAUAUAUUAUUGUAUAAUUAAUAAAUAAGAAUAAUAUUCAUUACUAUGUAUAUUGGCAUUGGUUUCACAUUACGCGAUUUAUUAUUGUAAUAUACAUUUAUUACCGUUUCAUUGUAUCAAACAAAAGUAUCUUUGUUCCUUUCUUUUUCAAAUAUAUAAAUAAACAAAUAAAUAAAUAAUUUCCUAUAAAAUUAA